CUACCAUGUGACCUGCAAAUAACUGCCCACAAAUAAUGGUCUGCUCAUGCGUACUACCGUCUAACUCCGUUUUUGCUGCAAAUAAUAUUCUGCUCAUGCGCAGUAGUAACCACGCUCUUGUGGUCGCUCUUGUGUGUAAACAUUAUCAGAAUCGUUGAACAACAAGAAGACCAUAACAACCAUUACGGCAGCUGUAGCUGAGAGUGCACCACAACCACUUCUCAUAGCCUCUCAGGAAGAGCAUAUUCUAAAUGAGCUAAGUAUUGAGCAAUCUAACACGCAGCAGACAGUUAAUAAUUUUUACAACUGCACUUUCAACUUUUAAAGUGAACUUUCAUCUGUGAAUACAUUUUCCUUUUUUUUUUUUUCGGAUUUCAAAUCCUUGAAGACUGUGAACUUGUUCCUAGAAGUUUCAACCAUUUGAAGGAUUUUAGCUUCAAACAGAUGAGGAAAAUAAGAAUGUUUGAGUCACCAAAAACCUUGCCCACUGCUCGCUCCAGCUUAGUGGCUGUUUCAACCAAAUAUGGGUUGACAUUUGUUGGCUGUCCUACAGGAAUAAAAGUGAUUAAAACUGAAACCAUUGAAAGAAUUAACGAAUCUGAUGAAGGAAGCAUGCAGAAUGUUGUGGCCCAUUGCCCUUCAACCUUUGAAGAAAUUGGUCAUCCUGUACAGUUAAUGGGUCUCAGCAAUGAUGAUUUGACUUUGUCUGUCUGCUAUGUGAAGAAGAAUCAAACUGUCAUGAAUCUUUAUGAUGUUCCAACCCUUGGAAGCUCUAACACAUCAAAUGCCAAGUUUGCUGAAGAGAUUCUCACAGGUGAUACAGUGCCAUACAGCUCUGCAGAAGGGAGUGUUGAAAACCUUCUAUGGAACCCUGGUUUUCCUGGAAUCUUAGCCAUUUGUUUUAGCUCUGGAUCUGUGUUUAUAAUGGAGUUGACUGAGACUGAAAUCAAAAUACUGGCUUCUCUUCCAGAAAGUGUAAAUGCCAAUGCAAUUUGUUGGAGUCCUAAAGGAAAGCAGCUUGUUGUUGGACACAGAGAUGGUAGUUUAACUCAAUAUUCACAGGCUCUGGAAGUGAAAAAGGAAAUAGAAUGUCCUGAAAUAUUUCUAGAUGAUCCUCACUCAGUGACAGAUGUGCUGUGGAUUACUGCAACAUUGUUUGCUGUUGUUUACUCCAGCUUUGAGGAAGGGGAUGCCCCAAAGUUUCAGCUGAUUUCCACUCCUAAAAAUGAACCAAAGCAAGUAAUUAACUUUGAUGACAUCUAUUAUGUGAUGAGUGACGAACGGCAACCCAUGUUUUACCUCAAACUGAUCAGCGAGUGGAAUAUGUUGAUUUCAGCAUGUUCCAAUGGAUUUGAAGCUGCUGUACUUGGGAAAUAUGGAGGAGAGGCUUCGACUCCCUGGGAAAAGUGGAAUGUAGAGGAAACUGGGCGUGCAGAAAUGCCUUUGACUAACAACAAUGAUGAGACGUUUCCUAUGGGAUUAGCAUUGGACUUUAGAUCCAAAAAGCCCAUUUUAGAAGGAGAAAAACAGCUUCCCCCUGCCCCAAUGAUGAUGCUUCUUUCAACAGAUGGUGUCCUGUGCCCAUAUUAUGUUGUUAAUCAAACCCCAAAUACAGAUCAUGGCAUAAUUAAAUUACCAGAACCUUUACCACUUGGAGGACAAAGAAAAACAAUAGCCUCAAAUGCAGGUUCUGUUCUUAAAGGGAGUGUUUCAUCAACUUCUGGUACUUCUGGAGACCUUCCCAGUGGUGUUUUCUCACAGACUUCAACAUCUGGCUUUUUCUCAACUGGACCGUCAUCAGCAAUAUCCUCUCCUGGUUCCUUUUCAUUUUCUAGUACCAAACAAUCAACUUCCUUGCCCUCAGUGACUGAAGCUUCAGGGAAGUCCUCAAAUUCUGCAGCUGUUACCUUUUCAUUUGCAGGAUCCAAGCAAAGCAGUUCUUUUACACUUGGAACUCCUACAUCAGUAAAAUCAGGGUACCCUACAACCAGUACCUUUUUGUUAGGAACUCCCUCACCAGGCACACCGGGAAAUCUUCCAACUAGUAACUUGUCAUUUCCAGGCCCAAUGCAAACUGCUCCUUUGGCAUCUGGAGUUCCUUCCUCGGGCAUGUCUGGGAACCCCGCAGCCAGUGCUUUUUUAUUUUCAAGGGCUUUUUCAUUAACCAGUGAUAAGCAGGCAGGACCAAUUGCAUUUAAACCUGCUUCUCAGUCACAGGUUCAAGCCACAGAAUCAGGGAAGCCCUCAGGAAAUAAGCCUCCUCUUGUGAAACCUACACCUACCACUCAGAUGCAGCCAGGUAGUUUACUAAAGCCAUCUUUUCAACCAUCGCCAACUACUACUGCAGUAUCUGCAAAGCUGCCCUCUCAUACUGAGGUUCCAGAACUUGGCUCUCCUUCUGCUUCACAGAGCUUCAAAUUUCCAGGGCAAUCAAAUGUCAGAGAAAGUGCCAAACAGGAACCUGCCAAAAAGGUUCCAGGAGUGGGCUUGUCAUCAAAACCAAAGUUAACACCUGCGAAACAACCAGCUGGGCAUGUAACAAAGGAAGAUCAGCCGAGUCCUUCUACUUCAAGACAGGAGGAAAGGAUUGAGAGCAGCUCCCAUUUUACAGCAAAUUCUCCAUCUCUCUCACAGAGCUUCAAAUUACCAGGGCAAUCAAAUGCCAGACAAAGUGCUAAACAGGAACCUGGCAAAAAGGUUGCUCCUUUUGCAAAAGGAAAUACGAUUGAUGCAUCUGUGUCAGAGACUAUCCAAGAAACGAUUAGCCUCUUUAACGAAGAGAUGGCAAAGUUAGGAAGUAGUGUAAAGAGCAUGCAGGCGAAGUGUCGUCUUACUGAUGACGAUAAGGAGCUGGCUUCGUUCAGGAAGGAAACAAGUGAAGUUGGACGAUCACUCAAAGACAUCAAAGACACCACAAAGGUUCAACAAAAUGACAUUGAUGAGGAGAAAAGAAAACUACUUGAAGCUUUUGAAAUACUUGAAGAUAUCAGGAUUAGACAAGAGAAGAAGAACGACCCGAGAUAUAUUCAACUACUUAAGUCAAGAGCUCUAGAUCCUUUGAAUAAAAAGAAAAUGAAAGAAAUCAGACAGCUUCAUCUCUAUCUUGAUAAAACACUCAGAGACGUUAUCAUGGUUCUUGACGAACAGUGGAACAAAGAGAAUAGACAGAAAAGGUCUAUCCAACAUCCUGCUCUAGCUGACAUUUACCAGGCGCUGAGGAUGCACCGAAAAAUAGCGCAAGAUCAGGGGGUCAAGUUGGACAAAAUUGAGCAAGAAAUGAAAAAUCGAAAACCGGUGUCAACCUCGUGGCUAAGAAAUUCGAUUAAUACCACCAGUUUAAGAGAUGACGUUUCUUCUUUAAGUGAGCCCUUCUCUCUGUCAAAACAGGGAUUAAAAUCACCUACAAAACCCGUCGCAGCUCCAAUAUCCCCUGAAAAACGAGCCAAGCUUAGAAACAUGUUUCAGAAACGAGGAAAUACCCCAGUAAGAAGAAGCAUGAUUGAUUUUCAAAUGGUUACCAAGACGCCCUUAGAGAAGCCUGCUAAACCUGAAAUGCCAUUCUAUUCUUCAACUCCUGCUCUAGAACGAGGUGAGGCGGCAGAACGCUCUAAAGGCGGUUUUAAGCUCCUUGGUGUUAGUGAAGAGCAGGAUGACGAAAGCCCCUCGGAGGAAGAGUCCGAGGAUGACGAUACUAGUGAAGAACAAGAGCUUAAUCAGUGGAAUGAAGUCCAGGAAACCCAUUCACGUGCACCUGAUUCACAACCUGUACAAUCUACAGCGGAAGUCACUUCAAAGAGCGGUUUCAGUUUGGGGAUUUCACAAGAAAGAAAUGAAUUAAACGAGCCAGCGCCUCAGAAGACCAGAAUAUCAACUGUUGUCAACAAUUUACAACAAGCCAGGGACAGCCCGAAAGCUGCUGCAAGUGGAACAUUCUCUGCAGUUGAUAAGUCUAGUGAUGGAGGCAUUAAGGCAUCAGAAUCACAGACAAUUCAAGCUGAAUCAGUCAAACCAACAAAUGGUUUUAAUCUUCCUUCAAUUAAGGGAGAGUCCUCGCCUGGACCAAUUGUUCAGCCGAAAGGUGACUUAAAGCCCGGUGUUAAGGUUAUCAGCACAGAAACACCUCCUAACGUUGCUGCAGCCAUGGCUGCUAUGAGCAGAGCCAGUGCAUCGCAAGGUGCUGUUCAGUCAAGCAGCAACCUUGAACCUUCAGCGAGCAUCGAACCAGUAACUCUGGUGACUUACAGACCACAGUCACAAGGAAGUGCACCAGCCAAGGACUAUGAUGCAGGCAACACUGCUGCAAAGGCAAUUGCAAACGCGGCAUUGAUGGCUGCUACAGCAGAAGCCCAGAAGUCCUCUACAAAGCCUCAGUAUAGCACAGAAUUUGUCUUCAAAUCCACUGAUAGUAGCAAGCCCGGCCCUCCAGUCGUCACUUUCAAGCCACCUGCCUCUCCGCCGAAAAUAACCGAGAGUGGUACCAAGUUUUCUGCUGCUCCUAAUGUUUCUGUGAAUCCAAGUGGAGUAUUUAAACCAGCGUUUCCACCACCAGUGCCGACAUCGUCCACGACUUCCAGUACUGGUGGGCUGCAGCAACCUUUGUCAAGAACUCAGGCCACAAGCGGGUUCAGCUUUGCUCCACCACCUGGAGGUUUAUUCAACGUAGGGGCUUCUUCUGGGACGGCCGUUCCAGCAUUCAGUGCAUUUAGUUUCAGCAGUAAAGCGAAAGACACAGCAGAUGCUAAAGCCUCCAGUCUUGCUGCUGCGGCCAGCGUUGAGUCACCCAAACCAGUAACCAAUUCCUCGACACCAACCGUCGGUAUCACUCCUAGCGCGAGAGUAAGUAGGAAUUUAUUUGCAGCAGGGAAUGCAGGGAAUGAAGGUGAGCAAACAGUACCAACAAGAGGAGAACAGGAAUUGAAACAAGAAACCAGAAAGGAUGAAGGAAAGACCGUACAAGUUACAACCACAGCUUCGUCUGUCACCACUUCUAAAGGAAUCGUAAACACAGGAACCGCAGCGGGGUUCUCGAUUUCCGCUACAACUCCUUUUGGUGUAAAUUUUUCUUCAUCUGACAGGGCAAGUAGUGUGUUUGGUUCUUCUGAUACAGGUGGUGGUUCCACAAGCAUCUUGAACAACCUGUUGCGAACGUCUACCGCAGGAGGUAUCGUAGCCUCUGGUGAUGCAGCAGCUACAGCUAGCGCACUUCCUGGGCAGGUUUCUCUACCCUCUAAAGGGACUCCAUCGGAGAACAAAGAUACUACGACCGCUCCGACUGCCACGUCUGUUACGCCCGCUCCCGAAGGUGUAUUUAGCUUUUCUCUAGGUGGCAAUAAGACUGCCACGAUAUCUGCUCCUUCUGUUUUUGGAGCUCCAACUACAACUGGUACGACUGCCACGUCUGUUACGCCUGCUCCCGGAGAUGUAUUUGGCUUGUCUCUAGGUGGCAAUAAGACUGCCACAACAUCUGCUCCUUCUGUUUUUGGAGCUCCAACUACAACUGGUACGACUGCUACGUCUGUUACGCCUGCUCCCGGAGAUGUAUUUGGCUUGUCUCUAGGUGGCAAUAAGACUGCCACAACAUCUGCUCCUUCUGUUUUUGGAGCUCCAACUACAACUGGUACGACUGCUACGUCUGUUACGCCUGCUCCCGGAGAUGUAUUUGGCUUGUCUCUAGGUGGCAAUAAGACUGCCACAACAUCUGCUCCUUCUGUUUUUGGAGCUCCAACUACAACUGGUACGACUGCUACGUCUGUUACGCCCACUCCCGGAGGUGUAUUUGGCUUGUCUCUGGGUGGCAAUAAGACUGCCACAACAUCUACUCCUUCUGUUUUUGGAGCUCCAUCUACAACCGCUACAACUGCCACAUCUGUUACGCCCGCUCCCGGAAAUGGAUUUAGCUUUUCUGUAGGUGGCAAUAAGACUGCUAUGACAUCUGCUCCUUCUGUCACCCCAACAGGGGGUAGUGCAUUUAGAUUCCCCUCUGGUUCUGCGUCAUCUGCCUUUUCUGUAACAAGUAGUGCGAGUUCAUUCUUUCCAAGUAUCACUUCUACUUCCAAAAGCACCCUUUCAUCAUUAGUAAGUUCUUCAUUAACCACCUUUACGACACCGAAGUCAACAGUCGUUGUUGCAAGUUCAUCACCAUAUUUUUCAACCUCAAUGGCUACUACAGGUGGUCUGUUUGGCAAAAUUACAAGCACUGAAAGUGCGUUCGGUGCAGUUUCAUCGACAGGCAGUAGCGUUGCAGGCUCUCUAGGUUCUACUUCAACUACCACUGCCACUGGAAACGUCUUCGGAAGAUCCACAUCAACCGCCUUUGCUCCCACACCAGUGUUUGGGGCUUCGAGCGGCAGCACGUUUGCAAGUACUUCUCCAGCUUUCGGUAUCCCGGUCAGCAGUCAAGGUAGCGUAUUUGGUUCCACACCAGUAUUUGGAUCGCAAAGCUCGGCGGCUAGCACAGGAUCAGGUACAGGGUUUGGGGCAUCUAUCACUGGGCAGUCACCUUUUGCUUCAACCACCACUUAUGGGUUUGGCACUGCCUCUAAACCAACGGAAAAUGCUUUAGGAUUUGGAUUCGGUCGCUUCGGUUUAGGCGGACAAGCAAGCCCACAGACCAGCAAGACGAACCCAUUUGGCGUCACGCAAGGAAUACAAGCUCCCACUUCUACACAGUCCUCAUUGUUUGGUGGGAAGUCAGGAGCUGAUGUUUUCAAGACGAGUGAUGCAUUAAAGCCAACGUUCGGAUUUGGUGCCCAGUCCUCUGGUGGUUUUUCAAGUGGCUCGUUCAGUGCCUCAGGCACUGGAGUAGGCGCCGGUGGCUUUGGCUUUGGCGCUGCAUCGCCCUCUGCGUCCUCAGGGUUCGGUACGGCCCAACCCUUUGGCUCGCCUUCUGCUGUUGGGUCUGUGUUUGGUGGUGCUCCUGCGUUUGGUUCUGCUCCUGUGUUGGGAGGUGCUCCAGCGUUUGGUGGAUCCCCUCAAGGAGGCCUGGGAACUAGUCCUACAGGAGGGGUCUUUGGAAGUGUCAAUUCUGGUGGAUUUGGACAAGCUCAAGGCAGCCCCACGUUCGGGGCUUUGGCUGGGCAGUCUAACGUUCCUUCAUUCGGAGCAGUUGCUGGUAUGCCCGCUUCCCAAGGGUUUGGGGGAAUGCAACAGCCGCAGCAAACAUGUCCUGCUUUUGGCUCGUUCGGCGGUGGCUCUCAGAGUCCCGGUGGUGCGUCUUUCUCGCAGUGGAGGUGACGCGUAGCAUGUUCUUUGAAUGACCGUUUCCUGGAUUGUUGAAACAAUUUUAUUGAAUACUGUGUUGUUUCGCAACUGCCCAAAAUAAGGCAGAAACAAUUAAACAGCUGUCUCCAUACUAUUUGUGUACAAGCAGCUGAAUUGUAUCUCGAUUUGACUAGAUGAGGUAAAGAACACCUUUACGCCAGCCCUAAGGCAGUGAUACCACGCAAUACUUGAUAAAUAAAGUUUUGAUUUUUAACUCUA